GCCGUGCACUCGGGCAUUUAGUAAUCGUACGGCAUCGUUGGGGGAACACUGUGCGCUCUUUAACGUCUCAGUCUCGUCACGGUGCUUUAUCUUCGCACUCGACGUCUCGUACGUCUCACGUAACGUCGAAAAGACGAGCAAUUUCGCAAAGCGAUCGAUCGGCGGCUAUUCGAAUCGAACGGGGCGCGAUUGAUCCCAGAAACGCGCGUUUUCUUUAAGAACUAAGGUGACCUUAUCGCGAUCGAGGCGCGAACGAGCCAUCAAGGUUUUCGCAUAGUAGUAUUCGCGUUUAAAGACCGCGCGAAAGCUGCAACUCUUCUUCAGUACGCGGACCCCGCAGCGGAACUCACGCAGGAAGAGCAGAAACGUCUCAGUUUUCGGCGCUUUCGAGGCGAGUCUUCGCUGAGAGGGCACCUACCUAAACAGUGGAAACCAUCAUCCCCAAUCAAGACGACAAUCAAUUAGGUCAUCUCGAGAGACGAGAGACAGCAUUGCGAACGAAGCAGGGCGACGAAAGGUCACGCCAUGCCAGCAGGUACUGGCGCUUCGUACAGGUCAUUAGGUGACCUGGGCGAAGACGUUUACAAAAGCACAACUAUCGUCGACCAGACACAGACCACCGGCCAGAGCGUUUUCGAAUCCGUGAAGAAGGCUUUUAGCUUCACUUCACCAAAGGUUGAGAUACGAAAAAAGGACCCAUUGAUUGAAGAUCGUCGCGAAAACACCUCGAUCGUCUCAAGGGAGAGAAACAGGAUGCCGACAGCAGCCACUGCCGAGGAAUCUGCUCUAUUGGGCACGAUGCCUUCCGAUAGCAUGGAUGACAUCGAGCUAAAAAACAUUCAGUUGCAAUUUCCGGCACUGAGAUAUCUCUCCAGAGACGACAGCUCUGUACGAGAAGAAAGGGUGGAGACCGACAAGGGAAAUUUGCUGGUAGCAGUGCAAGGAAAUCGAGCAAAACCAGCUAUCAUUACUUAUCACGAUCUAGGCCUUAACUACAUCUCGAGCUUCCAGGCAUUCUUUAAUUACAUCGAUAUGCGUGUUCUACUCGAAAAUUUUUGCGUAUAUCACGUAAACGCACCCGGACAAGAAGAAGGCGCACCGACAUUACCCGAAGAUUUUACUUAUCCGUCCAUGGAAGAGCUGGCCGAACAGCUACUCUUUGUUCUUGGCCAUUUUGGCAUAAAAUCUGUAAUCGGUUUCGGAGUCGGAGCUGGGGCCAAUAUACUGGCAAGAUUCGCGCUCGCUCAUCCGGAGAAAGUAAAUGCGCUGUGCCUGAUAAAUUGCGUGUCCACGCAGGCAGGAUGGAUCGAGUGGGGUUAUCAAAAGUUAAACGUGCGCCACCUGAGAUCACAGGGUAUGACUCAGGGUGUUCUCGAUUAUCUGAUGUGGCAUCAUUUUGGCAGGGGGACCGAAGAACGGAAUCAUGAUCUGGUUCAGGUGUACAAGAACUACUUUGAACGUCGCGUAAAUCCAACGAAUCUCGCUUUAUUUAUCGACAGUUAUGUUCGUCGCACGGAUUUGAAUAUAACAAGGGAAUUGGAUCCGACACGCAAGAAGGAGGGAUUGACACUUAGUGUACCAGUAAUGAAUAUUACUGGUGCUUUAAGUCCUCAUGUUGACGAUACCGUAACGUUAAAUGGGCGUUUGGAUCCAACAAAUAGCUCCUGGAUGAAAAUAUCGGAUUGCGGUAUGGUAUUGGAAGAACAACCGGGUAAAGUAAGCGAGGCAUUCCGAUUGUUUCUUCAGGGUGAAGGAUACGUGGCUCCGCUAUCGCCGUUAAAAAUGGCCGAUUACAGACUGGCUUCGUUGGAAGAACUGAAUCAUGUUUGCAGUAAGAAGAUCGACUGGCCUACCGCGACCAUACACAUCACAGAAAACCCAAUAUCGGAGGCAGUCGUCUGUUAAAUAUUAAUUACCGGACCACCAUCCUCGAUUUUCGUUACGUAAUCAAACGAGCAUAAUCGGACAAUGACGCGAUUCAAACGUCGAUAAUUUAAGAAGGUUUCGUCGGGCAACGAUCCCUCGCGGCACUAAUUAUUAAUUUUUUUCCGAAGCUUUUUCACCACAUUUCCUUUAAUCACGAUUUACACUCAAUUGACCACACGCGCGUUCGUAAUAAAUGUUUAAUUCUAAAUGACUAUAAGUUAAGAGCUUUAAAGAUAGAAUUUACUAUUUAAAAGAUAUCAGAUCUUUUAUCGAUAUACUUGCUCGAUAUACAAUGUUGUUAGGAACAAUAUUAAAUGAAAGAUAGUAAAUAAAAGAAUAAUAUUGUUGUUGUAUUAUCAGA